GUCCAAACACAACUCACACACAGCUCGUAUUUUCCUAGCCCAGUAGCCCACUAGCCGGCAUGGAGAAGAAGCGGGUGGUCAUCGUCGGCGCCGGCGUGAGCGGCCUGGCGGCGUGCAAGCAACUGCUGGAGCGCGGCUGCCGGCCGGUGGUGUUCGAGGCGGACACCGGCCUCGGCGGCGUGUGGGCGCGGACGCCGGAGUGCACCGCGCUGCAGACGCCGCGGCCCAUGUACCAGUACUCCGACUUCCCGUGGCCGGAGACGGUGACGGAGGUGUUCCCGGACCACCGCCAGGUGAUGGACUACCUCGGCGCCUACGCUCGCCGCUUCGGCGUGCUCGACUGCAUCAGGUUCGGCCACCGGGUGGCGGGGAUGGAGUACGUCGGCGUCGGCGAGGAGGCUGUGGCGGCGUGGGAUGAGUGGGCUGGGAACGGCGACGCUUUCGGCUCCGGCUCCGGCGAGUGGCGGCUAGAGGUGGUCGACGGUGAGGGCCAUAUUGAGACACACAAGGCGGAUUUUGUCAUACUUUGUAUUGGGAGGUUCAGUGGAGUGCCCAACAUACCAACAUUUCCUCCAGGCAAAGGUCCAGAAGCAUUUGAUGGCCAGGUGAUCCACUCCAUGGAUUACUCCAAGAUGGGCACCAAGAAUUCUAAGGAAAUGAUCAAGGGCAAGCGUGUCACGAUCGUUGGCUACCUCAAAUCAGCACUUGACAUUGCUGCAGAAUGUGCAGAAGUAAAUGGUACUGAGAUUCCAUGUACAAUGGUGGUCCGAACAAAGCAUUGGAUCAUACCAGACUAUUUUGCAUGGGGCGUCCACAUCUCAAAGCUGUAUCUUAAUCGGUUUUCUGAGCUUCUUAUUCACAAGCCUGGUGAAGGCUUACUCCUUAGCAUCUUGGCCACCCUCUUGACUCCAUUGAGAUGGAUAUUUUCGAAGUUUGCAGAAAGCUAUUAUUCCAUUCCAAUGAAGAAGUAUGACAUGGUGCCUGACCAUAGCCUAUUUGAGGCUUUGAUUACAUGCUUGGUUGCCAUUACACCCAAAGACCAUUACAAGAGAUUAGAAGAAGGCAGCAUUGUUCUGAAGAAAUCAAAGACAUUUAGCUUUUGCAAGGAAGGUGUGCUUGUCGAAGGCCAAUCUUCGCCGAUAAAGAGCGAUAUAGUGAUCUUUGGAACUGGGUUCAGAGGGGAUCAGAAGAUCAAGGAGAUGUUCACUUCUGAAUACUUUCAGAGCAUUGCAGUAGGCUCUGCAUCUACAACUGUACCUCUCUACAGGGAGAUCAUUCACCCAAAGAUCCCGCAGCUCGCGGUUAUCGGCUAUUCAGAGAGCUUGGCAAAUCUCUACACAUCAGAAUUACGGGCCAAGUGGCUGGCACAUUUCAUGGAUGGUGGCUUCAGGUUGCCAAGCAUCAGUGUGAUGCAGAAUGAUGUCCUGGAAUGGGAGAAGUUCAUGAAGCGCUAUUCUCGUGGUUACUUUCGCAGAUCCUGCAUCGGAAUCCUUCACAUCUGGUACAAUGAUCAGCUAUGCCGGGACAUGGGGUGCAAUCCGAGGAGGAAGAACGGAUUCUGGGCUGAUUUAUUCGACGUUUAUGGCCCUAGUGAUUAUAUUGAUCUUUUCCCCAAGAAAGAGUAGUACUUUCGACUCGGAGUCGUGUGGAAUAAAUUUAUCGCCUGAUCAUGCUUGUUUUAAGGUUGUCACUACCUGGUUUCUUGGAUUUCUGCUGUUUUGCAUAGUGCAAAUUCAGUAAACCGUGUGAAGUGUAAGGUACAGUUGUGUAAUAUAAGGAGAUGGAUUUUAAUCUAUCUACGGGCAUGUGCCUUAAAUAACAAAAAGGAAAAAAAAUCCAAAUAACCCCUAUAA